CACCUUACUUUCCAUGACCUUCGGCCUGGAUGUCACCUCCGACCACGUUCCUGAUUCACGGGCAGUUUGUAACUGGCUCUGCCAGUUCCCUGACUCGCAGAGCACGGCAAAAGGAAGAGCCCGGCUGCCUGAAUCCAGAGCCCGGCUUGCCCUUCCCAGCUCGUCCUCCAAAGUCUCAGCCGGAUGCGUUUCCUGGGACCCCCCCCCCACCGCUGCCCCCCACAACCCACCCUGAGAUAAGCAGGUCACAUCUCAAGCAGGAGUCACCCAGGGCAGGGCCACCUGGUCAUGACACCUCCAAGGCCCACCAGGAGUUUCGGGAUGACUGGCUCAUUUUUAUCCCUCAACUGUGUACCAAGCAAUUUUAUCGCGCGGUCCCGGUAUUUUCCGAAGCUUUGUUUGCUCCCCGCUCUACUGGCUGGGCCUUUCUGGUAGAUAAAGUCCAGGCAAGGGCGGGAGAGGACUCUUGUCCUUUCACAAAAGGGUGUGACACGGCACUGCCCCCACAAACACACACGCACGCACACACCAUACACACACACACCUGCACCCCUCCCACCACACACGUCCCCCCAGGACGCACCCCUCACACAUCCCUCAUGAACCCACCCCCCCCCACACACACCUCUCCCACGGUCCCCGCACACCCACACCCAACACACGCACAGUCUAUCCCAGGUUCACUCUCCCCACACCCCACACAAACCCACAAUCCUCUCACCUACACCUUCCACACACCUCGAGAGCCCCCGCCCCCGACGUCCUCCCCCACUGCACACGUGUUCACACACACACCCCAACACACACCUAAAGACCUCACACUCACAUGGCCUCCACCCUCCAUCCACCCUGUUCUCACACACACGCCCUCACACCUACCAGGCACGUACGAGAAACACACACCCAGAGAAGCGAACACACCCACUCCUGCUCCCGCGACCAGAGCCAAAGGCAUGGAAGGUGCACAGGCCUGAGCCCGGGAAAGGUAACUUUUCCAACACGCAGCCCCUCCCCUCUAUCACGCAGGGGCCGUGGGGCGCCAGGUCGGCUCAGCGCACCUGCUGGAGCAGCAGUGGGGGGAGCAAGGGUUUCUCUAUACCUGGAGAAUUUUCCAUCCAGAGGCAGAGCACAGAAGUGCACGGAAGAUGCGAGAUGCUUUCCGUGAGAGAAGUGCGGUCCAGCCCGGGGCUCUGAAGGCCCCGACGAGGAAGAGGUCCUCCCGGCUGGCAAGGCAGGGCUGGUGUGUGGCUUGAUGUCUGGCCUGGGUCCUGAGCAACAGGUGAGAACCAGACAGGCAGAGCCGGCACUGGGGAAGUGCCAGAGGGAAGGACCGCAGAAAGGGAAGGAUGAAAGAGUGGCCCUGAAAGGGGGAGCCGACGCCUGAGACCGGGCUGUGGGCGCCCGCGGCUGAACUUGGAGGAGGGGGGAAGCCAGGUGAGGACUCCCCCACUUGGGAAGUAAGGAGGGCCUUCGGCGGCUUUGGGGACUGGAUCGCCACACGGCUGGGCUCUGCUCGAGGAAUAGGAACCUGGUGUCACGCGCAGGGUGGGCUGGGGAGAAGAGGCACAGAGACAGGGGACCAUUUACGUGCAGGUGGUAGGACUGAAAUGAUGGCCACAGGGAGGAGGCAGAGGGACAGAGACAGCGUGGCAGAUGACAGAUGGGCCGGCAAACGUCCCCGGCUCCCUCCGCGGUGGGGGGUGUCAAAGGCUCCGGAAAACACUGCCACAUAGAAAGAAGUGGUCAGGAGGCAAGGAUGGGCUUAAAACGAGGCAUCUUUGUACGUGCAGACGGAGGGUGCCAACAGUACCAAGGAGCAGAACUACCCAACUGGCGAUGAGUGUGCAGGCUUUAAACUCAGAAGGGGCAUCAGACAUGGAGAUGGAGGAGCUGGGGCCAGGACCGAGGACGGGAUUGUAGAGGCCGGGAAGGUGGAGGGAAGACGGAGAAAAUGGGAGGAAGAGGAAGGAUGGGAAAACCCCUGGAAGGAGGCGCCCGCAUCACCCUAGCAUCGCUGUGAGGAGAGCGUUAUUAUUGCAAUUCCCCUUUCCGACUGUCCAGCACAGGCAGCUCGACUCGAUACUGUGUAAUAACCCACAUGGAAAAGAAUCUGGAAAAGAAUAGCUGUGUGUAUAACUGAAUCACUUUGCUGUAUACCUGAAACUAACACAACACUGUAAAACAACUACACUCCAAUAUAAAAUAAAAAUCAGUUAAAAAAUAAAUUAAAUAAAUAAAAUGCCAAAAAAUGUCCCCUUUUCAGAUAAGGAUGUUGAGGAGCAGAGAGGCUCAGUGGCUGGCCUAGCCUAACGGAACCAGUGAGUGAUGGAGCCGGAAGGGGAAACCGGGGUACCUGCCCUAUCCUUCAGACCCUUCCCACUAGACCAGGGGCUGGCAGACUACGGCCCAUGGGCCAAACCUGGCCCCUCUCUUCUUUUUAUAAAUCAAGUUUGUUUUUGGCCACACCCACAGGACACAGAAGUUCCAGGGCCAGGGAUGGAACCCACACCACAGCAGUGACAACGCUGGAUCCUUAACCCACUGAGCCACCAGGGAACUCCUACAAAUCAAGUUUUAGGGUGGGCCGGAGCCAGAUGGCCCAGCUGGUCUGAAGGGUGCCUUCUUCAGAGGAGGGGCUGCAGAAAAUGGAGCAGGACGGCAGGUGGAGGAAAGGAAGCCAGCAGAGGAGAAAAGAGGAAGCGGAGGUUACAAAUGGAGGAGCCUGUCUGGCUGUGCCCAGGACGGAGCCAGGUCCUUCUGCUGGAGAAGCAUCAAAGCAGACCAAUGCCCUGUCUUUGCAGCACUUCCCGUAGACCCAGGAGGAACCAGAGGCCAUAAGACACAGGCUCCCAAAGCCCCACUAGGAUGCCCAGGAAUGGCCACAAGCGCCAGGCGUCUUGCACGCUCCGUCAAAAGACUGGCACUCCAGAUCUGGGCCCCUGACACCACUGCUGGCACCCCAGCUGUUUGGGAGGGUCUGGGAAGCCCCGAACUUUCACGCAGUGGGGCUUUUAUGGCAACAGCUCUACUGUGGGCUUGGACACCGAACGAACGAGAAGUCCUGGCCUCCACUGUUCCUCUUGUCAAUUUUCCUCACAGAACUACUGAGACCAAGUACAAAAGUCCAAGGGGGCCUCCUGUGAGCAGGUAUCACUCGGAAUCGCAGCCCCUUCCACCCCUCGGCUCUGGAUGGACCGUGAGCCCCGGAGCCGUGGGAGCUGCAUGCAUCCGCAUCCCUCAUCCAUCUCUCGGUACCGGCCCGACGGCACGCGGCGGCGCAUUUCAACAUGCUGGCUCCAGAGGCCAAGUGCAGAGCCAUGGCUGAGCGCGGGAGGCCCCUCCUCGGUGCUGGACACUGGGCACCACCUGUGCUGCCCGCCCCGUGAUAGCCAGGCCACGUGGGGGCUCACACCGAGCUUUAAGUCACAUGAAACCCUCCGGGCAGGUUUCGGACCAGCAAGCUCGAUUCUGCCACGCUGUCCCUGUGUCACUCACCCAUUUCUUGAUCCUAAGAGCAGGACUCUAUUGUUGUCUUAAUUCAAUUGCCUCUAGUCAAAUGCAACCCAAAUACAGCAACUAGGAGGGUCCACCUUCACGGUUCAUCAGACGGGCUCAUGCCAGUCACCUGUGCUUGAGCUGCCCCUCGAAUUUAUAUUUCUCUGCCCUAAUUUUAUACUGUUUAUUUAUGUCUCACCAUAAAUGGGGACGUGUUCCUUAGAAGCUGCCUUAGAUCUUUUAUGGUUUGACGUAGCUACCUAAAUUAAAACGUCAAUGGGCCUUUUGUUUUAACAUGA